UCGAUGGGAUCAUGCAUGAUACUAUCGCCUUGUUUAUGGAGUCUUGCAAAGCUACGAGAUGUACGGAUGAAUGGGGGUGCUCUCUUUGAUCCGGACAUCACUGUGUUAGACGAGGACUCAAGGUUAGAAAAUUUGAGAACAUUACCUGAGCUCCACUUUCCCGCGGGUUUAGAAGACAUAGAGGUUAUUAUUUUCAAAAGGUUUCCUAAGCUUCAAAACCUUGAAGUCUGUAUCAGACAACUACCAGAUUGUUCAGCAGAGAAGAUUUGUUUUCCAAGAUUGGAUGUCCUUAACGAACUUGAACAACUCCGUUUAUCUGCUUAUUAUAGGGAUUCAUUCCCUGAAUAUACACACGGCUUCCCUUUGAGCUUGAAGACUCUGACGUUGCAAUGGCUCACUCUGACAUCUGAUUCAUUGUCAAGAAUUGGUAGACUACCCAACCUUCAAAAAUUAAGACUACAACACGUAAUCAUCGAGGCGGGGAAAGAAUGGAACAUGGAAGAUGUCACUUUCCAGAAUCUCAAAUCUCUAAAAUUGGAUUGUGUGAGAUUUUCUGAAUGGCAGGUUGAUGCAGAGAAUUCCUUUCCCGUGCUCGAGAAACUAUGUAUACGUGAUUGUAAUAAGCUUAUGGAGAUCCCAGAGAGUUUUGGAGAUAUUGCGUCAUUGGAGCUUAUCAAAGUAUGGGAAUGCCGUCAGCUUAGAGAGUCGACUUUCAAUAUUAAGAAAUAUGUUGAAGAAAUGACUGGAGAAGACAAGCUUGAGGUAGACUUCUUUGGUUGAGAUCAGAACAGAUCGAGCUAGCGCAUACAAAUUCUCAAGACAUGUAUGCCUUCUUCCAACAUUAAUAACUGUUUAUCAAGUAUAAACAGUGCUAGCUAUAAGCACUUGUAUUCUUUAUUAUAACGGAUGAUAUAUUGUAUGCGUGCUUGCUUUUCAUUACUAUGUAUUAGUUGUAAUCUACAAACCAUUAUUUAGCCCGCCCAUCUUGACUUA